UCACUUUUUCUUCCAACUUCCGGUUAAAAAUUUAAAAAUACCACACUAUACAAAAUCAAAACUUUUAUUUUUUUUAGAUCAUUUGAUUUUUGUUUUUUAUUUUUUUUUUAAUACGCCGAACGAUUUUUUUUCUCUCUUUUUUUUCUCAACAGUAACCCCCCUUUAUUGAUAGGAUGACAAGUGCAUUGACUUCGGUUGUUGUUGGUGCAAAGGCAAAGCAUACUGCAACCGUACUUUUCUUCCAUGGUUUAGGUGAUUCUGGUCAUGGUUGGUCUUUCCUUGCUGAUGAACUUUCUGGUCUCUUCCCCUAUGUUAAAUGGGUCCUCCCUAACGCUCCUGCAAAGCCUAUUACUUUGAACGCUGGAUUCCAAAUGCCAGCUUGGUUUGAUCUUACUGGAUUGGACAAGUCAAGUUUGAAGGAUGAGGAUCAAAAGGGUAUGCUGGAAUCUUUAGCUUCAGUCAAUCAAUUGAUUCGUCAAGAAGUAGAUAAUGGUAUUCCAGCAGAUCGAAUUUUAGUUGGAGGAUUUUCUCAAGGUGGUGUUAUGUCUUUGUUAACGGGUUUGACUUCAGAAUACAAGUUAUCUGGCAUUAUUGGUUGUAGUUGUUGGUUAGCAAUGGCAGAUAAGAUGAAAAUGAUGGGAUCGGAUGCCAACAAAAAAACACCUAUUUUGAUGUGUCAUGGAGAUAUGGAUUCUGUAGUGCAAUAUCAAUUUGGUGAAGAAUCAGCAGAACGACUUCAACAAUAUGGAUAUGAUGUAACUUUUAAAAAGUAUCGAGGUCUUGCCCAUUCUGCUAAUCCUGAAGAAAUCCAAGAUAUUGCCAAGUUUAUCAAGGAUAGAUUACCUUCACAAUAGGUUUAUUAUUGACUAUAGAUUAGAAUCAAUCUUUAUCUGUAUAUAUAUCCUGAAUAAAAAAUAUAUUAUUGAUGAAAUGUUA